UAAUCCACCUGUUACUUGUGGUUACACACCAAGCCUCUCUCCUCCUGGCACAAGGAUUCCGCCAUUUACUUCAGUAAGUAAGAGCGGGCGGAGCUACCCGUGCAGCCGGGACCUGCAUCUGUAACCAUGUUCUGUUGCACCCCACCUCGGAGUAUAGUCCAUACUUUUUGCCGGGUGAAAUAUAAACAACUUCAGAGGGAGAAAAGCCCUCACGAACGCAUCCCGGCCAGCCUAGCAACUCAUCCUCAGUGGCCGCCUGUGCCUUGGGAAGGCGAGCCUGCAGCUGACGAGGCCUUGGCGGGAAGACGAUUCCAGUCCGGGUUUUGAGACAAGGCUAGCGAGCCGCAAGGAGAGACUAGCAAAAGAGCCUCGUUUAUUCAGUCCAGCCGUCCCUCCCGCCCGCCAACAGCUGGGGAGCGCCACCGGGCCUGCGGGAAAGGAGCCAGCCGGGGGUCCCUCACACUCGGUGGGCUGCCCUGAUGGCUGCAGCGCGCCCGGCCUUCCUGCCCAGGGCAGCCGCUCUUUGCAGCGGUGGCGGCUGUAGCAGGAGCAGCAGCGUCUCUACCGCCUUGCCCUGAGUGCCUCAGCCGUAGCUGCAGCACCAGCCGCCGCCCCCUAGCUCAGCCUUGCAGCCCAACGCAGCCGAGCCUACUCCCAACUCCGUGCACCGCGUUAACUCGAGCUGGGCGCGGCCAUGCAAGCGCGCCGUCUGGCCAAGCGCUCCAGCCUGGGUAGCCGGCGCUUGAGCGCGCCGUCGACCGCUCAGCCUUUCUCGGAGUCGGGCGCCCGCAGUGUGCUGAAGCCCGAAAACUCCUGGAGGCCGCCCCGGCGGGAGGGCUCAACGGCCGCCCUCGAGGAAGAGGACGAAGAGGAGGACGUGGUGGUCGAUGUGGAGGAAGACGACGACGCGGAUGAGGUAGAGGCGGGCGGCAUGGGGAGUCCUCCGUCGGAGCUCGCCGGGCCGCCGGGCAAGGGCCACGCGGCCGCCCGAGGAAGCCUCAAGGCAACCAGCAUAAAGCGUGAAAUGACCUUCACAGCAUUUCAGCAGGAGGAGCUAAAAAGUGACCUGAAUCAAAAACUGUCAGACCAACAGUUUUUUCUGUUGGCAAUGAAGGAAGAGGAUUCAAAAUCAGCAGACACCAAAAAACCUGGCAGAGGCCAUGAGCAUGAAAAAGAAAGCACUCGUUCCAUCUGCCUUCUCGAACAGAAGCGCAAAGUUGUUUCUUCAAAUAUUGAUGUGCCUCCUGCAAGAAAAUCUUCAGAAGAACUGGAUAUGGAUAAAGUCACGGCAGCUAUGGUACUAACCAGCUUAUCCACCAGCCCUUUGGUCCGCAGCCCUCCUGUCCGACCCAAUGAAUCCUUAAAUGGAUCUUGGAAAGAAGGAGGAUUUGUGCCUUCUAGUACCAGCAGUAGUGGGUAUUGGAGCUGGAGUGCUCCAAGCGACCAGUCAAACCCAUCCACCCCUUCACCACCUCUUUCUGCCGACAGCUUCAAACCAUUUCGAUUGCCCUCUCAAACAGAUGACGGCAUUGAUGAAGCUGAAAGUAGCAGUCUACUCUUUGAUGAGCCCAUUCCUAGGAAAAGGAAGAACUCCAUGAAAGUGAUGUUUAAAUGCCUUUGGAAAAACUGUGGAAAAGUACUAAGCACAGCUGUUGGUAUUCAAAAACACAUCCGGACCAUCCACCUUGGGCGUGUAGGAGAAUCGGACUACAGUGAUGGAGAGGAAGAUUUUUACUACACAGAGAUACGUCUCAACACUGAUUCAGUAGCUGAUGGAUUAAGUAGCUUAUCUCCCGUCUCCCCAUCUGUAGCAUCUCCUCCUUCUUUUCCAUCACAAGAUGUGAGCAAAAGCGAGCUGUCAUGUGCCAAAACAGAUGCAAAAGGGAUGACACCUCUAAGCCGCUCAGCUCCUACCAACCUCUACCUCGUUCACUCUGACCACGCUUACCAGGCCACAGCUCCUAUGAACAUUCCAGGGACAACCAAGUUUACUCCCAAUGGAAAUAGCUUUAGCAUCUCCUGGCAGUCACCCUCAGUUACCUUCACUGGCAUUCCAAUUUCACCAACUCACACACGUCCUGCAGGGAGUGGAGAACAAAAGCAACAGAUUCAGACAGUUCUUUCAUCGCCACCUAGAGUGUCAGUUGGCCUAAGGAAACCUAGAGGAGAGGGCAAGAAAUGUCGCAAAGUGUAUGGGAUGGAGAACAGAGAUAUGUGGUGCACAGCUUGUCGUUGGAAGAAGGCCUGCCAGAGGUUCAUUGACUGACACGUGGAAACGUGAUGGAGGGUAUGGAGCGAUGUAUGGCAGGAUUUUCUUGCUCCAGCUGCACUGUGUGAUUUUUAUUCUCUGUCUUUUUUAAUCCAUGUCCUUCAGUGCUGGCUUCUACAGCAAACUUGCUCUUCAAAGCAAAGUAGUUGUAUCCAAGGAAAAGGACGACUUAAGGAAAAAGAUGACAUAAAAGCCUGUGUGCAGCAAUAUAGGAGGAACAAACAACAAAACCCUCAAAAAAUAUGAAUCAGGAGCAGCUAUAUGAAUUUUUUUCUUUAAAAGGAAAAAAAUCUCUUUUUAAUAACCUUGAACAAUUUGCUUGCCAGGAUUAUGUGUUUUUCACACUGCACCAUUGUCUGUGUUGUGAACUUUGGAAUUAGAAAAUAAUAAUCAAGUGAUACUUCAUUUCCUAAAUGUUAAUGCACACAUACACAGAGGGCUUCUACACCAUAUUUUACAAAUGCAUAAGCUACAAUUUUCUCAAGAGCAGCUCUCCCAGGAGUGGUGAAUAAUUCUAAUGUGAGCAGUCUUGAUUCAAAAGUUGGGGCUUGUCCUUUAGAGAUAGUAGAAUACUGCUUUGCUGGAAGGAGAAGCAUCAUUGUGAAGAGGAUUUUACAAGAGGUCUGGAACCUAAAGCCUAAGUACCACUUGUGUUUCUUUCCUAAGGGAGGAGACUGGGGUGGAGGUGGGAUCACCAGCAAACUUAAAACUCUUAUGUACAACCACCACAAGUGGGAAGGGAAUCUGACUUUAAAUGACCUUCAGUCGAAAUAGUAUUCUCUGAAAUAAGACUUUCAAGAUAUCUUCCUAGAAGCGAUUAUAGGAAAACUCUGUACAUCUCACAGUACUAAAGGCCGUGUUAAGAAGGUGCAUGGGCAGUCACCUGAACGUCAUCAGAAUUUAUUCAGGGAUGUGAUCCAAACCAGCAGCUUCCUUCCCUGCUUUUUAUAGGACAUUAUCAGGUGAACAGUUCAGUUUAAAAUGCAAAGUAUUAUUUCUGGGGAGGUAAAGGCUACAUGGAGAAAACAACUCUCCCCCCACCUAACUUAACAGCUUUCCAACAAGUAAAAUAUAAAUGCAGAAUAGCAGUUGUAUGUAUGUUAAAAGUCGAUUGAGGAUAAAGUUGUUUCAAGGUCAGAAAUAAAAGCCUUCACACUGGCUUGCACUUUGAUAGGUCUUUGUGCUUUAGUGUAAUUUAGUACUUGUUUGUGUUUUUUUGGUCCAUGAGAAGGCCCAGUUUAUAUUAGCGUGAGGGAAAAAUGCUGAGCUAGCUUUUGAAAAUCAUGGGCACAGGUGGACUGGAAAGAUUGUCUGUGUAGGUCCUGCUAAAAAUACAUGGGAUUGGUGCAAGAGCAUAAUUGGUGUUUGUGCUUAAAAACAUCCUGGUGGAUUUUGUCCUGUGAUAUUAACUCCAAUGGGAUAAGAAUGGUAUCCCAAGUUGGGAAAACAAGAGGAAGAAUGGGAGCCCAUAUGGAUGGUUAGCCCAACUAUUGUAUAGCUACAAGUCAUAGGCAAAAUUUAUUUUUUCGAAGGACUCUUGAUAGAAGGACCUUACUAGCCUUUUCUACAGUGUCUGUCUACCUAUGAACGCAGAAUCUAUAGAUUGGGUUGAUCCUCAUGUGAACUUCAGUCAAAAACUAAAAAAAAAAAAUAGCUUUAACGAUAGGCCACUUUGUACAGGUAUGCCUAAGAUUCCAAAAUAAGCCUAUUUUUAAAACCCCUGCAUUGCAUUGGUAAGGUUUCCCUUCAUCUAAGCACUCACAACAGAUAUUUAUCCAGUUUUCUCUAACAUCUCCAAAAAGGGCAGGAUCUGCUUUGAACCGAUGCAACCAAUCUUAACAACUGAUGAAUAAGAAGCAUAUGUCCCUGGAGAUGUGGCAAUAAAAUGGCAAAAGACAUCAGCUCGAUACAAAUGAUUUUUUUUAAAAAAUUAUUACUUGGUACCUUUUCAGUUGUAACCAUUGAAGUUAAGGGAAAAAGUCAGAUUCAGGGGGAAAGGAAGCCCUGUUUUUAGUUAAUUCCUCACAUCAACUGUAAACUUUGUUUGGCAAGACUCCCUCCAAAACAUGACGUGACCAGGCAACUAACUAUACAUUCCAGAAUUGUAUACCUAUGUCACACCCUGUGUUCCAGCUUCAGUGUGUUUAGGUUGCAGUUAGGGAUGAGGGAGAAUUUCAAUUCAGUUUGCGUUUAAAGAUGGCUAUCAAAUCUGCAUUUUCCAAAACAAUGCAACUGAAAAUCCAUCCUUCAAAAUUUGCACUUAUCUGAAUUUUGCGAUGCAGCUGUCCAACCAAAUAAUGUUUACAAAAAUGCAUAUAUUAGGGGAAAGUGUUCAUAAAAAUGAACAUAUUCAUGAAAAUAACAUAUGUAUUAUAUUUGGGGAAAUUACUUGCAAACAUUUGUACAUUAAUCAAAACCAUACAAAAAUGUGUUUAUUAGGAGAAAUUUGCACUAAAAUGCUGGCAAAUAUUCAUGAGGAUUUUUUAAAAAAAAUCUUAAAUUGCUGCAAAAAUGUGGAGAACUGAAUUUUUAUAACUGGAAAAACGAGAAAUGGAGAAAACCGUAUUUGACAGAUCCUUCCAUCCCUAGUUGCAGUCAUUCUUUUGUGUUGCAGUAUAUCCCUGGGUGUUCACAAUAACCUAUCUGAGAUUCAUUCAGUGGAGAUCACCCAUACCAUAACCUCUGUUAUGACUUGUUGCUUGGAAACAAGCACAAACAUUAACCUACUUCCUUCACAUUCAGGAGGAGGAAAGAUAAGAAUGGUUCAUUCCUAAUGUUGUAUAGUAAAUGUUUGUAGCGCAUAAGCUUUGCUUGCUGAAAUGCCCAAAUUCAAUUCCUGGCAUUUCCAUUAAAAGGUCCCAGUUAACAGGACUAUAAAAAGUUUUUCCAUGCAUGAGCCUUUGAGAGCUACUGCCAGAUAUGAUUGACUUAGAUGGACCAAUAGUUUGACUCUGUCUUCAUAUGGUCAAGAUAGAUACGUUGUAGGAAAAAUGAAGAUCCCAGAAAAGUAUGAGUGCUUUCCAAAAUGAAACAAGAAUUAUAUUGUAUUUUGCACUAAUACCAAAUUAUUUCUCAUUUGAGUAAAUGUUUCAUUUGAAGUUCACAUGGUCCUAUUCUAGUUCUAUGCUAUUUUAUAUCUAUUUUCACAGGACAAUAUUGACAUUCAAGUUGCAAAAUAACUCAUUUUAUCCAGUUAAACUGUUUGUAUGACUCAUGGUCACCAACCCUAUUAGGGCAGAGGUGGGUAAAUCUUCUCUAAGCUAUGGGUGGGGGUGUUUAUUGGAAAUAUAUAACAAAAUAGAAAUCUGCAGCUGUUUUUUGUAUUUUGUUGCAUGUAUUUAUUAAUAUGAUUGUAUUUCAGGACUGUGGCUUAUGCCAAAAUGUUGGUGGUGGGCCUAUACCAAAUUAUUAUUGGUGCUCUGAAAUAUUCAAAGCAGGAGCCAGCCCCUGACAUAUCGAAAUAUUCACAAAAGUUGAAAACCAGUGCUUGACACUUGAUCAUUUAGCAUUUUUGUCAUACAUUUUCAACUUAACUCUGUGUUCAUGAGGGCUAUAUGUGUGUGUGGAUAACAAAACAUGAUCAUCCCAGGAUUAGUGCCUGCCUGCCAAAUAUUGUCCACCACUGUCUGCCUUAGUGCAAUAGUAUUCAUAAAGUUUAAUCAGCAUCAACUGCUUUCUCCCAUUUCCAUUUCUCUGCUCUGCAAAGCUUUUUUAUACUGUGCGUGUUCAAGUCUUCUAUUGUGAGAGUGUCUCACAUGGCAACACUGAGACACCCUUUGUUUGAACUACUGUUGCCUGCCGUAGGUAGGUUGAAGGCCAAGCUGUCCUAAGAUAGGACUUGGUUGUUUACUCAUUGACUGAAGAGGCCUUUAAGUGGCUCUUCUAGAUCUGUAAUACGAAGAGAAGAAUAUAGUUUAACAAUGGGACAGCUCAAGUUUGCCUUGUACAUAGUAACUGCUUGUUCUAAAAUUGCUUACAACAUAACAGAUUUUUUUAUUGUUGUAGAAUUUCAAUAGGGUUUUGAAACCCAGGAAAACCACAGUAAGUAGGUCAUUAAUUAAGCCAGCUUGUUGGAUAAGAUAAAUGCUAUGCUAUACACAGGUGGCUGCAAUGAACAAUUCAUUGGUUAUUUUCUUUUAAUCCUUGCUGAAUUUUACAGUAUGUUUUUGAAUUUGUGCUUCCUGAAUAUUAUCCAGUAAAUUUUGAGCAUGAAAUUGGGAUUUGGAGAGACCCCAAACUCCCCCUCAAUGUUCACCCAUUUUUAUGCAGAUUCAUGGGUUAUUCCCCAGUGGUUCCUGGAGGGCACUCAGA